UCAGCAAAGCAACAAGAAGGAAGAGAAAUGGCGACACUUGAUCGCCAAAUACCAAGUCCGGAUAGCUUCCUGUGCGAGCCUUGGUCUUCCUUCGUCACCGCGGCUAAAUUACGUUUUGUUGACAACUCGUCCUCGGAUAACAAACAGCUUUACUGCCGGGGUAAAACCGCGAGGCUCAGCAAAGAAGAGAUGCUCGGCUACAGCCAGUUUCCAGCUCUGGAGGAUUUCUGUCUUGUUGUCUGCCAUGUCUGCGAUCAGGUGGUCACCCCUCAGGGCAUCCUCGAACACUACGAGAAGCGCCACGGCUCCCCCGCCCCCUCCAGGAGCCCCCUGGUCCCCAUGAAGCCAAAAGCUCCUGCAGUGGCCCCCACCGUGGCCCCGAGUCCCGGGGACACGCUGGCCUUCAGGGUCCCCAAAGAGUAUCCUCACUCGCGCUUCAGCAAGGCGCCCCUGGCUGUCUACCCUCCAAAGGGGGCUCGGAACAAGACGUGUGUGUCCCUCCCGGUGGUGAGCCUGGAGAAGAUCUCCUGCCUCGGCCGCACAGACUCUGCAUCACACGUGCGCCUCACCUCCUCCUCCUCCUCCUCCUCCUCCUCCUCCUCCUCCUCCUCCCCCUCGCCCCUCCAUCCUCCGGCCUCCCAGCGGUCCAGCGAGAAGCUCACAAACGGUCGCGGGACGCCCACCCCGCGCUCCACCCCUUCUCCAUCCUCUGUGGACCGGCGGCCCAGCCCGGCUCGCUCUCCUCUGGACAGACGGCUGGCGUCGACACCGUCCCCUUCCCCGAUGGACCGGAAGCCCUCCCCGUCACCGUCUCCUUCUCAACGGUCUGCCCUCCCACCUCCACCCCCGCCACCGUCGUUGGAGAAGAAGCAACAAAACGGGACGCAGGCUCCCUCCAGGUCGCAAAAAAGACUCUCAGGGAGAGUGUUUGACCCUAACAAACACUGUGGAGUCCAGGAUCCCGAGACUAAGCGACCCUGCACCCGGUCCCUCACCUGCAAGACUCACUCCCUCACGCACCGCAGAGCCGUUUCGGGCCGAGGGAAGCACUUCGACAUCCUGCUGGCCGAACACAAAGGGCGGGCCAAGCUGAUCGAGGGAGCGAAGGAGAAGGACGCAUCGCAGGGAGCGAAGGAAGGCAGCGUCACGCCACAGGAGACCUCAUCUCCCAGCAGGCCUCACUGCACUAACGGACGCACGCUGUCCUCGCUGAAGCUGCGGCUGGCGAACGCACACAUACCCAGGGUUCCGGGCUCCUCCACCUCCAGUCCUCUUCCGGCCCCUGCACCGGCCCCCACCCCAGAGCCGUCCCCCCACAGUGUGGCGGCGGCGGCGGCAGGAGACAGCGGUCGUCUCUCCAGCGACGAGGGCGAGGCAGAGACUCCAGAGGACGGCGAUAGAUCUGCCUCGCAGUACUCCUAUCGUCACCCACAGCCUCUACGGUACUGCGUGUUCAGCAGCAGGCUCAUGGGACGGGGUCACUACGUGUUCGACCGGCGGUGGGACCGCAUGAGGCUGGCGCUGCAGAACACGGUGGAGAAACACCUCAACGCACAGAUGUGGAGGAAGGUGCCUCUGGCUGCUGAGAGCCUCCUCUCCCUCUCUUCCUCUGGUUCCUCCCCCGUCUCUUCACAGCAGACUCCCUCUCCCCUCUCCUCCCCCUCCAACUCCCUCUCCUUCAUCCCUCAGUCUGCAUCCACAGCCGGAGCGCUCAGCCUCCGAGACGCUCCGGUCAGAGCCCGUAACGGCGCGCAUAACGCCAGCCGCCCAUCCAAAGACACGGAAGAGUCCGCAGCGGGAGCUAAGAGGAGGAAAAACACCUCCUCCUUCUUUCCGACCGCGGAUAAUCUGAGGAGGAACGGCAGCAGCCAUCAUCCGACGUUACAAAGUUCAGGGGCGUCUGCAGCCGGCAGGAGAAAGGGACUCGGUCAAGGAGGGAGUGGGCUUUGGAGCGGCGGGGAGGACUGGCUGUCCAGAGACAACGGGUCGGAGAGCUACAACUCACAGAGCAGCCGUGAACUCGGCAGUGUACACGACUCCCCCAGCAGGGAGCCCGCCUCCACUCCCCGAUCCCUCCUCGCUCCCCCCUCUGGACCCUUGGCUUACGUCGGGGGUGCAGAGGGCAGGAAGAGGAGGAGUCCCAGCUCGUACAAAGCAAAGGCCAGCAAGCUGAGCCGGCCGGGGGGGUUGGAGAGCCUCUGUGGGAACGGGAGUGACAGCGUGGGAAUACUGGCCUCAGGGCCCGAGUCCCCGAGGCAGGCCAAGAACCAUCACUGACAGAAACCUGCUCCACGGACUAAAUGCUGGGCAGCUGUGCAGACCACCACCGUUUGUGACCUUUAACCUCACCACUCUAUCCCCCUGACUGGUGAUGUCACCCCCCCCCCAUUCAUCCAAUGACAGCUCAGCUCACCCGCCGGGACACAGGAGGGUUAGCCCGCAGUUCACUUUCACCGCUCCACCUUCUUUAAACAUGGACCGCUCUGUGUUCAGAACCAUACAGUGGAGUCCAGAAACUCCUCCUCUGAAAAGGGAAUUUGCAAUUACAAUUUUUGGGGAGACUUUUUUACAUUUUUUAUUCAGCUGACAAGGUAAGUGAUUGUUGUUAGGGUUAAAGUUGAAGGACCUACUGACACAAUUACUGUAGGCAUCAGCGGUCAUCUAUGCCACCUUAACUGCCCCCCCCCCCCCCUUUUUGGUCGUCUUCCUCUCAGAUGAAAGCAGCUGGGUUUCUUCCAUCUUAAUCCUCUCUUUCAAACUCUUUUAUUUUAGCGACUCGUUACAUCUCUGAAAUCCCCCCCCCCCCCCCCAAUCCCGCUCAAAGUGCUCUUACUGCCCCUCGCUUCCUCCUUCAUUAUCUCCUGCAGUGCCACGCCAAGGACCUGAACACAAGGGAAGAAGGCGUGUUACCGACACUGUAGUUCCACAUAGAAAGAAAUCCGAUUCUAUCCGGAGAUUUUUUCUUCGUUCCGGUUUUUGCAAGAAACACAAACUCCUGUCUGUGUGUCAGGACUUGCAUCCACAAACAAAAGGAAUGAUGCCUUCGGUGUUGGAUCUAUUUUUUUGUAUAAUAAUUUAUCGUUCUUUAAGUUAUGUUUGUUUUCUAACUCGCUACGGGGAAAGCAACAAAUAAUUUCUAUGGCAUUUUGAAGAAAUGUUGAAAGUAUUAUGAUGUGUACAUAUCUGUUCAUUAUGUUUCUAUUUAUUAACAAUCGUCCCCCCUUUUUACUAAGAGUACCCCCCCCCCCCCCCAACUACAUGUGUGUUUAGUGAAAUUGAAUUUGGUCGGCCUGGUUUCUCAAAAUAUUGAAGAGUUUGUUCAUCAGCACGUUUUUCAAUGAAAACGAAUCAAUAAUCAAACGGCUGAAUAGGGACUUCAGGCUGUGUCUGUCGGUCCUAAUUUCAGUGUGCUAUAAUAACCGAGUGUUUUUUAUAAUUGCGACACAUUCAAAUAAGGGCUAAUAGGCGAAAAUAUUAGACCAAAGUCAAUCAAUUAAAAGCAGUUUUUGAUACGGUAUAUUAUUCAGAGAUAGACGUCAGGGAUACUUUGUAAAGUUUGAUUGACAAAAUGUUAUUUUUCUAAAGUUUAUUCUGGUUUAUGACUAGUUUUUAAGGAGCUUUGUCACUUUUUGUUUUAAUUAACAUCAUUGAGCAGCUCCUCCAUGUACCCAAAGAUCCAUCAACAGCGCUCUCAAACAAGUACUUUACUUCUAUGAUAGUUUGCCUGCUUAGUCUUCCCAAUUUUGUCACAUUUCUAGUGUUUCUACUCAUUCAGACCUGCAUAAAAGAAGUGUGUAAUCUAAAUGUGUGACAGCCACAGCCUCUAUCAGCAGAUGAAGUGUACUCAGUUGCUCUCGUCAUUUCCAUAAAUCUGUAUCUGACGUAUGCUAAUGAGCAAAUGUUGAUUUUGUGACACCAGGCCUUGGUUUGUAUUUUCAUAUAAAGGGCCCCACUUUCCCGUUAGCCUGUGGUUGCAUCCUUCUUCAUACAUAUCCCAAUGUUCAAAAACAAUAGCUAUCAUACUUUGAAUGCCUCUUAAUCUGUGAGGAUCGAUCGGUCCAAGUCAAAAUGCUUUCAGUUACCUCUCAGAAUCCUAGUGGGCCUUGGGUGCAUUUUAAAUGACGCUCACAUUCAGCGUUAGGUGUACAAAAUAUGUUCAAAAGGAGUUCACUACCACACCUUGUUUUUGCACCUUUAUGCAGAAACAUGAUUACAUUAUGAAGGUGUCACUUUAAACAGAUGUGGAUUUCUCUAUUCUCGGUAUUACGGAUGACAUAAUGUGUCAAAAAAAGUGUGAAAAUGAUCCCGUCUGCAUCUUGCAUUGCUGAUAAAAGUGGCGUAACUGAGAGCAUUUUGAUUUCAAUCAAAGCAGUUGGUUUAAUCUACGCACACUGGGUUUAUCCGGGUGCUCGCGAUGUACAGUUUUAUUUGGAAAGGGAGAGUUCAGAUGUUUUGAAGUGUACGAGGUUGUUAUACAAGGUCAGUGUUUGUAGAAGCAGACAGGAGAAGAAUCAAGAGGAAAAACAAUGUACUGCCAUGGAAAGGACGGCAGCAAAACGUAUUGUAGCCGCCUAAAAGAAAAUCCAACCUAGAGAAUCUAUAUUUAAACUCAAGUCUAAGAUCAAUUUCGCAUAUUUCCAGUGCGUUACCUUGCUGUGAGACGGCCCUCUCCUGAAACUGAAGUGGUUAUCUCUCCUCAAAGCCACCAGAGUCUAUUCACAAAAACACUCGAGGAUAUGAGCAGCUCUGGGUUUGGGUGAUUGUUUUUGUCAAUGGAGCAGAGGAUUGAUUACUACAUGAGUUCCCUGUCAGAAAGGACCGUCUGAAUAAUGUAUACAGUACACUUAUACCUUAAGGUGGCUUACAUAUGUCCUUCUGCCACCAUCUAUGGCAACACCUCCUACAAAACCACUUCAAAUGAUCCCAAAUACCCCUUUAACAUGCCUGCAAUUACAGUUCCCUUUUCCUCUGAUAUACAUACCAACACAUGUUCUGGUUUAAUAUGGUUUAUGUUUGUUCAAUGGAUGAAACCAUGGUUAAGUUUGGAAUUCAGAGGGGUUUUUUUUUUUUGCAGGUCAAAGAUGAUGAUCUUAGUGCUGAAAGGAUUUUUUGGGACUUCCCAACCUGACCUACUGUUUAUAGUCAAUAGAAAUAGGAAGUUACAGUCACUGUUGCAGCUAAAAUUAAGACAAAGAAGUCAUGAAUUUCAGAGCAGUUGUAUAUUUUGAUCUUUAUACUUGUUUUGUUUUUUAAAGCCUCCCCCUUCCUUUUUUUGCACUUUGUCAUAACGCCCAGAUCUUUAAUCAACGUCUAUUUAUAUAAAUGUUUGAGAUAUAUAUUUUGUAAAAGUGUUUUUUUGGCGACUGCAGUUUAAAAUGGAGAGUGCAUUGUGGGUAAGUUUACCAGCGCACCAUUCUUUUGUUGUUUCUGAUCCAAACAUGCCUUGUUAUAGUCGCCGGUUAUUCACUCUCACUGCAGUUGGAUUUCCCACCAUGCAACAACACUUGCUGUAUAAAGAAUGGUCUUAUAUCCAAGCUUUUAUUAAAUGAUUGAAAGUG